AUGGCUGUGCCGUAUCUCACCGCCGUACUCCUGUUGGCCAUGCUGAGCCGGGGCCAGGACUUCCCCUUCAGGGACCCCACAUUACCCUGGGAGGAGCGGCUGGAUGAUUUGGUGAACAGGCUGACGCUGGACGAGAUGGUGUUGCAGAUGUCAAAAGGGGGAGUUAUGUGGAAUGGCCCAGCACCACCCAUAGAGCGGCUAGGCAUCAGGCCAUACAUCUGGAACACAGAAUGCCUCCGUGGGGAUGUGGAUGCUCCAGGCUGGGCUACUGCCUUCCCCCAAGCCCUGGGCUUGGCGGCCUCCUUCAGCCCUUCGCUCAUCUACAGGGUGGCCAACGCCACGGCCACGGAGGUCCGGGCCAAACACAACCACUUUGUCUCCAUCGGCAACUACGAGGACCACACCGGCCUCAGCUGCUUCAGCCCCGUGUUGAACAUCAUGCGCCACCCGCUGUGGGGCAGGAACCAGGAGACUUAUGGGGAGGACCCAUUCCUGACCGCAGAGCUGGGGGUGGCUUUCGUGAAGGGCCUGCAGGGCGACCACCCUCGUUACGUCAAGGCCAGCGCUGGCUGCAAGCAUUUCGAUGUCCACGGUGGCCCCGAAAAUAUCCCCACCUCCCGGUUGUCCUUUGAUGCCAAGGUGAGCGAGCGUGACUGGCGCAUGACCUUCCUGCCUCAAUUUGAAGCCUGCGUUCGAGCGGGAACCUUCAGCCUCAUGUGCAGCUACAACAGGAUUAACGGAGUCCCGGCAUGUGCUAACAAGAGGCUGCUGACAGAUAUUCUCCGUGGAGAAUGGGGUUUUCAGGGCUACGUGGUGAGCGACGAGGGAGCUAUAGAGUUGAUCAUGAUGGCGCACCAUUACACCCAGAGCAUCCUGGAGACAGCGGUUGCUUCUGUGAAUGCUGGAUGUAACCUGGAAGUCACAUGUGUGCUGAAGAGGAAUAUUUUCAGCUAUAUAGGAGAGGCUGUGGCCAACGGGAACAUCUCUUUGGAGCCUGUCCUUGCUGAACUAAGAGGCGUUGUCUUCUCUCCAUGGUGCAGGAGGGGUUUGGCAACGGUCUUCCCGAAAGUUACCUUUGCUGCUGGAUGUAGUUCUCCCAGGUGUGACAAAUACUCCCCUACAGAGGUGAAGUCCACGGUAGAAGCUGCAGACAUUGUGGUUGUGUGCCUGGGGACUGGAAUUCAGAUGGAGACAGAAGCUUCGGAUCGGCCGGAUCUGGCCCUCCCUGGGCACCAGUUGGAACUUCUGCAGGACGUCGUAGCCUGGGCGGCCGGGCAUCCCGUGAUUCUGCUGCUGUUCAACGCAGGCCCCCUCGACGUCAGUUGGGCCAAAGCUCACGACGGAGUGGGAGCCAUCUUGGCCUGUUUCUUUCCUGCUCCAGUCCCCCCAAUGGAGAACUACACCAUGGCGGGACGGACGUACCGCUACUAUGGAGACGAUCCUCCGCUGUACCCCUUUGGCUACGGGCUCUCCUACACCCUUUUCCGAUACAGCGACCUGGUGCUGGGAGCCGAGGUGGUGCCCGUUUGUGGGAACCUCAGCCUCUCGGUGGUGGUGGAGAACGUUGGCCCCCGAGACGGCGAGGAGGUGGUGCAGCUCUACCUCCGGUGGGGAGAGGCCUCCGUGCCCGUGCCCCGCUGGCAGCUGGUCGGCUUCCGUCGGGUGAUGGUACCCCAAGGCCAGGCGACCAAGGUGCCCUUCCUGCUCUCCUUCCGCCAGAGAGCCGUCUGGGCCGGGGAGUGGCGCCUGGAGCCCGGCUCUUUCACCCUGUUUGCCGGCGGGCAGCAGCCCUUCCAGCAAACCCGUGCCCCUUCCAACGUCCUGCGAGCAGAUUUCAGCGUCCUCGGAAGCGCCCUCAAGAGAAGCCAGUGCUAAUGAAGAGGACUCCAGGAGAGCACAGCAAACUGCUGGGCCAAGGGAGAUCUUGAGAAUUAACUUCUGCCUUAAGCAAAACCUGAUCAGUAAACCCUGUGCACCAUUGGAAAGCUUGUGAAUUGUGCGAGAGUUUCAUCUUCCCCUGAACACUCAUCACCCUUGGUUUUGUCAACUGCAGUGGCUGGAACUGAUUGCGGUGGAAAUGUGAUAAGACAGGCAAAGAAGCUUCU